AUGAUAAAAGUCUUCUUCGAUAUCGCAGUAGAUCAAGUUGAAUUGGGUAGAAUUACCUUCAGAUUGUACGAUGACGUUACUCCAAAAACCGCUGAAAACUUCAGAGCUUUAUGUACUGGCGAAGAAGGCUUCGGUUACGCUGGUUCAUCGAUCCAUAAAAUUAUUCCUGAAUUCAUGUUUCAAGGUGGUGAUAUCACCAAAGGUGACGGUACCGGUGGUAAAUCAAUCUACGGUGAUAAAUUUCGUGAUGAAAACUUUAAAAGUAAGCACCAUAGACCAUAUUUAUUGACAAUGGCUAAUACUGGUCCAAACACCAAUGGAUCUCAAUUUAUGGUCACCACCACCGUAUGUUCAUGGUUAGACAAUAGACACGUUGUUGUAGGUGAAGUUAUUGAAGGUUUCGAUAUUGUUGAACAAAUCAAAUCUUAUGGUUCAGACAACGGUAUUCCCAAAACCUCAAUCACCAUUACCAAUUCUGGUGAAUGUUAA